AUGGCCGCCUCACGUCGGCGUCAGGCGUCUAAACCGCAACACAAUGCGGUAAACACCAACAAGAACCGCGACGACCGAGGAACCAUUGCGUCGGAACCUUCGCCCCGCGUCAUCAAUGCCGCCCCGUCCCUCGAAAAGGCCGAGAUGUACGGAAUCGACGACAACCGUCCGUUCUUCAGCCGUGCUAUGGCCCUGGCUGGGCGCAUGUUCAUCGAGACGAUUCCGCAAUGGAUAGCUAUAGGAGUUAUGCUCUCGCUGAUCUUUGGAGGCUGCUGCUCCAAUGUCUUUGCGCUCGAGUCCAUCAUCAAAGUCGAGCCCGGUGCCGGAACUCUCUUGACCUUUGUCCAAUUCCUCUUCGUCGCCCUCGUCGGCCUACCUUCCCAGAUCGACUGGAGCCGUCCGCCCUUCUUCCUCAAGAAGAAUCAAGUCCCGCUCACACGAUGGCUGAUCAAUAUCGCGCUAUUCUUUGCUAUCAAUGUCCUCAACAACCAUGCUUUUAGCUACGACAUCUCGGUCCCCGUACAUAUUAUCCUGCGCUCGGGAGGCAGCAUAACUACAAUGAUUGCGGGAGCGUUAUGGGGCAAGAGAUAUUCCAAAAUCCAGAUUAUAGCCGUGCUCCUCCUCACCGUGGGCGUGAUCACGGCGGCCUGGUCUGAUGCGCAAAGCAAGGGAGCGAGCAAAAAGGAGUAUCACGAGAAGAACUCGGACUUCGGCAUUGGUCUUGCUAUUCUCUUCGUUGCCCAGAGCUUAUCCGCUGUCAUGGGCCUUUACACGGAAGAGACUUACAAGAAAUAUGGCCCGCACUGGAAGGAGAACCUGUUCUACUCGCAUCUCCUGUCUUUGCCCCUGUUUCUCUUUUUCUGGCCUUCGUUGAAGACCCAGUUCAGGAGACUGGCCGACAGCGCGCCCUUGACUCUUCCGCUGCCGGACUUUGAGGAGUACCCCAACCUGUCGCCCAACCUCCAGAAGUUUUUGGAGAACAUUCAUAUUCCUAGCCAGCUGUUUUACCUGGCACUGAACGUCUUGACGCAGUACGCUUGCAUCCGCGGAGUCAACCUUCUGGCAGCUGCCUCGACCGCCUUGACAGUCACGAUCGUCCUCAACAUCCGGAAGCUUGUCAGUCUGCUGUUGAGCAUAUGGCUGUUUGGAAACAAGUUGGCGUUUGGAACCUUGGUGGGAGCCGUGAUAGUGUUUGGCGCCGGCGGGCUGUACUCGCUGGAUGGGAAGAAGAAGGCUCCGGUCCGGAGGGUCUCGGCCGCGCCGGCGCUCAAAAAGGCUUGA